AUGUGCACAUGUAUAAACUCAUAUACUCGGUUUAUCUCUCAUUCCAGACACGUAUUUCACAAAAAAUGCGUUGACCCGUGGUUACUGGAACACCGAAGUUGUCCUCUCUGCAAACUAGACAUUCUCAAGUCUUGUGGCAUCUUGUUGGAUUCCUUCUUUCCACUAACCUUGGAUGAGUUAGGGUCAAACCAUUUAAGCAGUGAUUUUAGCUCUUCCAGUUCAUCGUCGCUGUCGGAACCGUAUAGAAGGUCGACUGUCGGCAACUGGCUCUCCGGACGUAUCUUUUCCCUGAUCUUCGGAGGUCUCUACAGACCUUCAGCUACCUGUACCCAUCGGUAUCAUUAUGCGAUGACCCGACAACAUGCUUCGGCACAUGAGUGUGUCGCCCCACCUCCAUCCAUCUACUCCUGUCCUACACAAUACUUUGGUCAUUACCAUUUACCACAUGUGCACCGUUCACGCAAGGAAUUUGGGGACAUACCAGACCCGACAUCCGAGAGGUCCACUCCUAUUCUGUCUGCUUGUCCUCUGCUGUGGCUCUGUUGUUGCUGUUGCUACUUCUUCUGGUCGGAUACUCGUAAUACUACUACGACCUCUCUGCAAACCUGCUCUUGUUUACAUUGCAUCCAGCCCCAACCCUGCCCCACUGAUGACGCAAUCCCCAUGUCCGUGUUGUCGGACCGAUUGUGUGACUACCAUGCUUCAUUCCUUGGCGUUUCCUGUAUGCCCGUCAUGCUUCAGUUACUUCACUGGCGAUGUUACGAAUCUCAUCGCCGAGAAUUACAACAUCAUCUUGUUGAAACACGUGACUUCAUUAACUCUGCACAAAAUCGCGCCAGUAGCAAACGAUUACGAUUUGAUCCGUCGUUCUAUCUCACUCGAGCGAAACUACAUAUGGGAACCAUUUUUCAAAAAAGUCGACGCCAAUCCGCAGAUCCUCCUUUUACCUUCCGGUCAAAAGCUGAUGGAAGUCUCUCUCCAGCUAUAUCAAAUCCAUGGGAACGCCACCGGGAAUGGUACUGUCCCGUAGUUUCUUUUGCGGAGACAACCUACUCUAGUCAGUGUGAACAGAAAGCUGAUGUUCACUAUUCGAAAGACGGAUCCGUUUCAUCGAGACCUCCGAAGAUCAGGGAAAAGAUACGUCCGGAGAGCCAGUUGCCGACAGUCGACCUUCUAUACGGUUCCGACAGCGACGAUGAACUGGAAGAGCUAAAAUCACUGCUUAAAUGGUUUGACCCUAACUCAUCCAAGCCAGAGAAACGCACCUCGUCCCCGGAUACCCUUUUAUUGCGGAUCAAUGAUGGUCCAGUCACAGCUGAUUCCUCAACUCAACGUUCCUUGUCAGAGGCCGUGAUGUCACCGAUUGCCAUUGUCAGUGCGGCCACUUCUUCAUCGAGUGACGGUGGUAGUGAUCCAAGUUUGGUCCUUCUGACUCCGCCAACCAUUUUCAACUUGUCUGAACGCCAUAAACUUAAACCAGACCUUUCCACGGACGCAGAACCCGCGUACGCUUCUGACCUUUUCUCCGAUAAAUUUGAGUCGAUCAGACCAUGGGCCGGCGUGAGUAAAUCAUAUCUGGAACGCGCAACACGAAGUUACCAUCCGUAUUCCUCUACAGGUCAUUGGCAGGGGCGUACAAAGUACGCCAGUCGUUGUAUCCGUAAACCGGGCUGCCAACUGGCGUUCCCCAGAAAUACCCGUUCAAAGAAUAUCCUCCGAGGUUUAACGCAGUUUAAAUCUCCAAAGCAAAUCCAUAUUCAAGAUCCAAUGCCGAGUAAUAUCCGUGAGAUCUCAGAUAUGCCCGUAACCUUCAACCGCUCUCCUCCACCUCCGUAUCAUCAAGUGGCUCGCGGUCCAAUGUUGGUUCCUCAGCAGCAAACGCCAAAUCUUUCGUCUGCAUACUUUAGUCCGUUUUGUCCAAUGUGUCGUGCUGAACAACAAUGGUCACAUCAGCCAACAAGUCAUUUCUUUGAUAUUGGCGUUCCUGUUCAAACUCGACGGGUUCCUUGCCGCACUCGCCUCAAACACCGUGAACGGAGGAGACGCCGACCAUCACCCAACGUAAUCCGUGUAAGGUCUUUCGAGAUACAUGCACAUUCAGUCUGUUGUCACAGCGAUGACGGAGCAUCACCUGCUGACGGCAGUGACAACACUCAGUCAGGCGAUCCAAAUAUCCGUAGGAAACUCUGUGGUGUGCGAGUCACAAUUGAACCCCCGGAUGUCCAGUAUCACCACACCCCGGAUACCUUCGAUUCUGCCGAAUGUUCACCUACUGACACCGCAAAUUCGAAUUCUUCCGACUCAGGCAUUCGCCAAGUCGCCGGACGAAGGGAUAUGAUUUCGUCUCCAGGUUAACCAUGACGAAACUGCACCCUUCGCGACUCGUUGCAUCGAAUAUCCUGUCUAUGGACAUUUCUCAUUUGUGUUAAUGAUCUCAUCAAUUUACUUGUAACCUAAUCUCCUGUUCGUUUAUCUUCCGUAAUUUCCUAUUCGUUUACUUUUUGGCUUUCGUAUUUUUAAAUGCAUGGACAAUCUGUCGUCCCCAUGCCAGUCGUCAGUCAUUCUUAUCAUCAUUAACUUAAACAGCUUCGUAUAUCCGUACUGUGAAAUUUCGGGCGAUCGUCACGAAGUCGCGGCUCGCUGUUUAUGCCUUGGUGUUUCGUUUACUUUCGUUUUGUACAUACGUUUACUGUAGUGUGUCCA